AUGGUGGUCGACACCGCCUACUACGACGCGCUCGGCGUCAAGCCCGAUGCCACUGAAAUAGAGGUCAAGAAGGCGUACAGGAAGCAGGCUAUCAAGCUGCAUCCCGACAAGAACCCCGAUGAUCCCUCCGCACACGAGAAGUUCCAGGUCGUUGGUCAGGCAUACCAGACUCUGAGCGAUCCUGAACUGCGCAAGAAGUACGACCAACUCGGUCCAGAGGGCGCAAAGCCCGACUCUGGUUUCGAAGACCCAGCAGAGUUCUUCAGUAUGAUCUUCGGCGGAGAGGCCUUCGCGGACUGGAUCGGUGAGAUCUCCAUGAUGAAGGACUUGACAAAGAGCAUGGAGAUCAGCAUGCGAGAGGAAGAGGAGAACCCAACAGGAGCUGCCGAGGAAGUGGCAGCAAGCACAGAAGCUGCUGCUCAGAACGAAUCUGCCACAGGUACCACACCUGCCACUGAGAACAACAAGCCCCAGCCUCCACCGCGGCCACAUGUUGACAGCGCGGCAGAGCAAACAGCCACCGCCGGUGCGGCGCAGGAGAUUCCUAUCCGUGACUCCAAGCCAGUCAGCACUUCGCCCGCUCCUUCAGGCGCAUCUACUCCACGACCACAAGGGGUUCCCACUCGUCUUGCCAUCACCGAUCGGACAGAAGAGGAGGCUGCCGCAACAGCUGCCGGUAUGACUGAGGAAGAGAAGAAGCUACGUGAGAAGGAGAAGCGCAAGGGUGGCCUUAGCAAGGAGCAACGCGAAGAGCUCGCUGCAUUCGAAAUGGAACGUAAGAAGAUUCGCGACGAGCGCAUUGACACUCUCGCGAAGAAGCUCGUCGACCGACUUAGCGUCUGGACCGAGACCGACAAGAACAAGGACGUGACCGAUGCCUUCCGGGAGAAGAUGAGGCUAGAGGUCGAGAACCUCAAGAUGGAGUCAUUCGGUAUCAACAUCCUGCACGCCAUCGGAGAGGUCUACAUCUCCAAAGCGUCAACAUUCAUCAAGUCACAGAAGCCUGUCAUUGGUGGAGUGAGUGGCUUCUUCAGCCGACUAAAGGACAAGGGUAACUUCGUCAAGGAUACUUGGGGUACAGUCUCGAGCGCAAUCAGUGCUCAGAUGGAGAUUGAGGCCAUGGCCAAGGCAGAAGAAGAGGGCGGCGACACCUGGACCGACGAGAAGAGGGCCGAGUAUGAGAAGCGAGUCACCGGCAAGAUCUUGGCUGCUGCAUGGCGAGGAAGCAAGUUCGAGAUUGCUGGCGUGCUCAGAGACGUUUGCGAUAAGGUUCUUUACGAUAAGAACGUAAAGACCCAGAAGCGCGUCGAGCGUGCGCAUGGCUUGCUGAUCAUUGGCGAGAUGUUCGCAAAGGCCGAGCGCGACCCAGACGAAGAGGGCGGCGAUUACAUGGCAUUCGAGCAGCUCAUGGCCGAGGCCACCGCUAAGCGGGAGAAGAAGGACGACAAGAAGAAAGAGACGCACAAGAAGCACGGUUUCGGGCACAAGCACGAGGGAACGGAAGAGAAGGCGACCAGCUAG